AUGCUAUCUGAGCCUGCUAAUAGUUCCGUCGCCACGGGAAUGGGUACGAAGCGUCACGAGGUGUUUGAAAAGAAAAUACCAGUUCCCACCAACUACCGGAAUGCGAGCAAAUAUCUCCGCAUGGCCGUCGAAGAGGGUAAACCCAUCUCGGAGCUUGUUGCGAAUGACAAACACUUCCGCGGUGGUACCAAAAUAAUGGGUCGGUUGCUGAAAAACAUCGACACGGUAAAUGAGCUCUACUCGCGUAUCGAGCUGGAGCGUCGAGAACCGAUGUUAAACGGCUGGCUGGCCCGCGUGCUCAUCGCAGAGCUAGUGUACAACAAUGGCCACCUGUUGAGCAACUCCCGGCCGGUGGAAUGCAUCCGACGCUAUCAGAAAGAGCUGCAGGAGACCUUCAACGGAAUGGACGUGGAGCGGCCGAUCUCAACCGCAUUCAAAGAACCGUGCUACAUUCGCGUCAACACAAACGUGCUGAACAUGGAGGGCGUUAGGCGUCUGCUAGAAAGCGAGGAAUGGAUCUUCGUGGACGAGAAGUUCUCGAACUACCAGCAAUUCCUGGAGCGCGUGAAAAAGCUGGACAUGUACGAGUACACGGUGGACUUCCAAUUCCCCGAGUUGCUGGUAUUUCACAACUCCGCCAAAUCGCACUGGACGCAGUCCGAACAUCUGAAUGAUAAAUUCCUGCUGCAAAAUAAGGCCUGCCUGCUGGCAACGUAUCUGCUGAAACCGCCCAAGAAGUCGGUAGUGCUGGACAUGUGCGCUGCGCCCGGAAAUAAGACGACGCACCUGGCCUGUCUGAUGAAGGACAAGGGCCGUCUGUAUGCCGUCGAACGCGAUGAAAAGCGCUACGAAACGCUCUGUAAGUUUACUGCCAAGUUCGAAGUGAUUAAGACGAUACAGGCAGACUGUCUGAAGGUCACCGAUGAGCAAGUGCCGGGCGUGCAGUACAUCUUGCUCGAUCCGAGUUGUUCCGGCACGGGAAUGCGCUACCGAAAGCCGGAACCAGUCUUACAGGACCGGCUAUUCAGGUUAGCCGGGCUGCAGUACAAGUUACUGUCGCACGCGAUGAAUGCAUUUCCAAACGUGCAACGCAUCGUGUAUUCGACCUGUUCGAUGGAGGUGGAGGAGAAUGAGGAGGUAGUACAGAGCGUGUUGCGUCAUGUAGGUCACUUCCGUCUGUUGAAUGCACGCCAGCAGCUGGGCAAGGAGUGGCUGCACGUCGGUUCGUCGAAGUACCCCGGUGUUGGAGAGAAGUGCCUAUGCUCGCGGCCAGACGUUGACCUGAUGAUUGGCAUGUUCGUGGCUGUGUUCGAGCGGUGCCCGGAAGGAGUGGAGAACGAAUUGUAUCAGGCGCACGAGAAGCAGAAGCAAAGUUACGAACAUUUUGCACAGAAGAAGUCUCGGCUCGAGCGGGCGAUGGAAUCGAAAAAUGGAAACGAACGGCAAAUAGAAGAAGAGGAAGGCAACAGGUCAGGGUCUAAGCUUGAGAAAAAUCGUAGAAAUAAGGGCUUCGUGUCAGAUGCUAAGUCUAAGCAGGAAAAUUCAAAUGAAGAGCAAAUAGAAGAAGAAGAGGGCAACCAGUCAGUGACAAAGCUGAAGAAGAAGCGCAAAAAUAAGGAGCUCACGACAGAUGCAAGUCCGAAUCAAGAAAAUGGAAUCGAAGAGCAAAUGCAGGAAGAAGAGGGUAACCAGUCAGUGACAAAGCUAAAGAAGAAGCGCAAAAAUAAGGAGAUCGUGGCAGACACAAAUCCGAAUCAGGAAAAUGGAAACGAAGAGCAAAUACAGGUAGAAGAGGGUAACCAGUCAGUGACAAAGCUAAAGAAGAAGCGCAAAAAUAAGGGGCUCGCGACAGAUGCAAGUUCGAAUCAAGAAAGUGGAAUCGAAGAGCAAAUGCAGGAAGAAGAGGGCAAUCAGUCAGUGACAAAGCUAAAGAAAAAGCGCAAAAAUAAGGAGAUCGUGGCAGACACAAAUCCGAAUCAGGAAAAUGGAAUCGAAGAGCAAAUGCAGGAAGAAGAGGGUAACCAGUCAGUGACAAAGCUAAAGAAGAAGCGCAAAAAUAAGGAGCUCGCGACAGAUGCAAGUCCGAAUCAAGAAAAUGGAAUCGAAGAGCAAAUGCAGGAAGAAGAGGGCAAUCAGUCAGUGACAAAGCUAAAGAAGAAGCGCAAAAAUAAGGAGAUCGUGGCAGACACAAAUCCGAAUCAGGAAAAUGGAAACGAAGAGUAA